AUGUCACCAUCUUAUAAUCCAGCUGAAGAUACAAUUAAUUCAAUUCUCAUUGGAUUACUUCCAGUAUUGAUAGUUGGUCUGUUUAAUGGUUUUAAAGAUGGUAAAAGAAAGAAAUUAUCCAUGAUAAAUAUAUUUGAUGAUUUCUUUAUAUUUGCAUCUAUUGUUAUAUUUCCUUUAAUUACAGCAAUUGAAUGGUAUCAAUAUUAUAGUAACUAUUACAAAAGAGAAGUUAUUGUAAAUUACGCCGUUACAGCACUUUUUGGAAUAAUUUCAUACAUCCUUUUCUUAUGGGUUCAAUACAAAAAAGAAGAUAAAGAAAAGAUUAAAGAAGAAAACAAUGAAAAUGUGGAAGGAAAAAAAAUAGAUGAGAGAGGAAAUGGUGAAACAAGUAUAAAUGUGGAUGAUGAAAAUGGAAACAACAAAAAUAAAAAAAUAAAUGGAGGAGGAAGCAUAAAAAAGUUAUUUACAGGAUUUAUAAAAUUUAUAAAUGAAAUAUUUGAAGGUGAAAUGUUAGCUUGCUACUUCAUUUUAGUGCUUACUAUUUUAUCAUAUUCUGGGUAUGACGCCUUUAUCCAUGGUGAUUUGGGUCUCAAUAAUAAUGCUAAUAAGGUUUAUAGUCACAUGAGUAAUUAUUGCAUUAAAAACUUUGGAAUUAACAAAUGCAACAGUUUGAGGCUAGCAAAUAGGAUAAUUUAUAUUUUUGGAAUUGUAGUCUAUACUUUACAUGCGUCUUGUAUCACAAUUUUACACAUUCGCAAACUUCGUGAAAGUAUUUUGAUACGUUACGUAAGAGAAUUUCAACGUAUCACUAAUUUCCCUACAAUCUUUAAGUUUUUUAAACAUAUUAAUAUAAUGUUAUUAAUUGUUUAUCCAGCUAUUGUAUCUGGAUAUUUAAUUAGCACCAGCCCUAUUAUCACAAGAAUAGCUUUUGGAAUUUGUACUUUAUCUUUUACUAGAUUAGUUAACCAUUUUAAUGAAAAACCUGAUAACAUCAAUACAUUAAUCUCCAUUUAUCUGAAUGGUGAAGUAAGUAUUAAAGAUAAAAAACAGCAAAUAGAAACACUAACAGAAGAGAUAAAACAACUAACAAAAGUGAUAAAUAAUCAAACAAACGUGAUAAACAAUCUAACAAAUCAGUUAAAAGAGAACAAGUAG